GUAUAAAGUAACGCGGCAGCGGGCGUGGGCUGCAGAUGGAGGCGUCGAGGGUGAAUUGGCCCCGCCCAGGGACCGCAGGGGGAGGGGCGCGAGGCAGGGUGAGGGGGGGUUGGCAUGGCGACCCCGAGUCACAGCGAGAGGGAAGCAGAGACAGGUCGACUCAGCCACAAACCCUCUCUUGUGGGUUUCAGAUGCACGGGCGGGCGCCGCGCGUGACGUCACUCCCCGCGGGGGGCACAGCCCCCACCCUCGGGCCCGGCAGCUAUGACAUCACAAAGGGGUGCCCUUCACGUGAUCCGGGAUUUGCUCCAUUCCUGUCUCUGACAUCACGUGACCCCGUGACCCCACGUGAUUUGCUCUCCCGACCUGGGCCUGGACACUACAACCUCCAUUGCGCUCAGAAGUGGCAGGGUCGAGGGGAUGGAGCCUUCGGGAGCCAUUCACAGCGCUUUAUUCAUCAAGUCAGCGAUGGACCUGGGCCAGGACAAUAUGAGGUCACGACCCAAGAGCCUGAUCACGUGACCAAGCCGGUGGUGGGGGCAGCCCCCCACCCCCCCCGCCCCCAUGCCCCUCCCUCCAUUCCCUGCCCCUUUCAGAGUCACGGCUACCGGGAGUCAAACACUGCCAGGGGACUCGAAGCGAUUGCGGCACCAGAGACCGAUAGCAGUCUGGGACCGGCCUUCUACUGCCCUCAAGUAGUGGAGGUCAUUCGUGGUUGUGCCCCAUUUGCCCGGUCUUGUUCGGCACGAUUCUCUUUCAAGGCAAGAGAAGGGCCUGGACCUGGACAAUAUGAGCCCCACAGGGUGCAGGUGCCAAGGCCUCUGAACGUGAAUGUCGUGAAUCAGGUGGGCGAAGGGAGACGAGUUCUCUUUGUGAAUCAGCAGCAGAGUCUGCACCAAGUCAUGCCGCGGCAUUCUCCAGGACCCGGGAGCUAUGACAUAUGCGAAAAUUUAUAUCGGAGCAGAUCUAGUGGUGGGACGGCAUCUUUCCUCUCUCACACCAAGAGGUUCACAAGUCGUGUGAGCUCCAGUCCCAGCCCUGCCUCCUACUCCGUCAUCACGGAAACCAGAGCUGUCACUGCAGCAACCAAGUCGGCCCCAUUUAGCCAAUCGGGGGCGAGGUUCCAACAAUCACAGCAACAAACACCAGGCCCCGGCUCAUACCAGUUAUCACCAUCGCUGGGGACAAGCGUGGUUUCCAUGGCGACAGCCUUCGGCUCCUCGGCCCCUCGACCAAUGAGAGAGCAGUCACUGUCACAGUCACAUGACCCUGGGCCAGCACACUAUAACGUGUCUUUACUUGACUCAGGAACUCACAAUGGCUCCUGCUCCGUUUUUCUGUCCAAAUCUCCACGACUUUUGACAUUGAAUCAGGACAACCCUGGCCCUGGUUACUAUGAUGUGAGUGAGGUGGUGAGGACAAAAAAACGGGCACCCCAUCGUACUCGGACUUCAACGCCUUUGCCCAGCUCACUGCUGUACAGGUCUCCAGUGCCCAGAGAGCAGGGCACUCCAGGCCCUGGCCAUUAUGAACUGAGGCCUCAGGCUUGCCCUCGCCUGACUCUGCUGGUGUCCCGUGAGGACCGCUUUACUGAGCGAUCAACCCCGGGCCCAGGGCCUGGAGAAUAUGAGUGUGCCCCCCUUCCUCGUUCUCAGUCCUUUAAUGUGACCCUGGGAGCAAAGAUUCCACUGAAAAUGAACACUCGAUCUCCAGGGCACGCGAUUGAGCCUUGAAAUCAGGCGUCUUGAAGGUCAUUAAUUCCCGAUGCAAGAUGAACCACAACAGUAAUCAACAUUAGCUUUUGUGAUCCUACCAAUUAAACAAUUGGAAUAUAACUUUUUUGAGCAUGUGAUGAUCAUAAUAAUAAUUAUAAUUAAUCAUUGUUUAACCAAUAUAAUUUUACAUUAUAACGUAAUUUUACUUGAAAAAGAUGUAUAAUCGACUGUGUGUGUAUUGUGUGUAUGCAUGAGUGCAUACACACAAUGGGACAGUGGUUAGCACGUUGUGCUAUAAGCCCAGUAACCUGAGUUUGAUUCAUGGCUAAGUCGAACUUUACUGGAAAGCUAUAUCUAAUCCGGUUCUGAGCCUCCCCUAUGUCGACUCAGCCUCAAAUGAGUACCUGGUGGCAAUGUAAACCUCACCACGAGGGAGACAAAGGUGGCCGGAUGUAGGGUCAGUCACCCACCCCCUCCAUGUGCCUUGCCGGUCUUCAUAAAUUCCCCCUAACAGAAUUUCUCCGAAAGUCUGUUCAGGGCUACACGGGGGAUCUUUGUGACUAUCUCUGUGUCUGUGCAGCACCACAAUGUGUGGCAGUCUUCGUCAUUGCAAGGUCCCCCGGGCCACUCGCGGCCCCGACAAUAUACCAAAGUUAAAACACCCCCACCAUCAUCGUGCUGCUGUCAAACCCCCAAUGGUUUCAAAUGUGUGGCAACCCUCAAUACUGAUGAUGUCUUAUCAACGAAAGUGGCCCCCCUCUGAAAAUUAGUGAAGAACACUCAUAUAUGGUGACGUCAUCUCCUCUGGUGUGCACAUACAUUGGGUUAUGGGUGCGGUCAGUUUUGUUAACUUUUUAAUAAAAAAAAGCAAGUAA